AGCAGGUUGAAAGGCAACGAAAUUGCCUAUGGCACCACUUCUGGGGGAGGGGACUUAGCCGUCAUAAAGAAACCCUCACACCAGCGUUUGAUAAAGCAAUACUUCUGUCAGUCCUCCAGCUGUCAAUCAAGAUAAAUGGUCUCUUUAAAACCCCUAUCAGAUCCGCGGUAUCGUCAUAGUUGGAUUCUGGCCGCUGUCAGUAGCGACAGGACGGUGCAAAGCAGCAGCGCACACUUGUCGCAGCAAGAGCUCCGUGGAUAAAGAGUUUGUGUGGAAUAAAGGUGCGCAAAAUGACAGAUAUUCCGCCGGGGCGCACAUAAACUGCGUUGGAUUGUGGUAGAUAGAUGCAUUUCACUCUAUUUAGUGUCCGUCAAUUUUGCAAAAUAAGGCGAAAUUGCCUUAACCACUACUGUAAAAUAGGAGUAAAGGUGAUCUCUCCGAGCAAGGAUUCAAUUAGUUCAGCAAUUGUUCCAGGCGAGAACUGAGAUAAGCGGAUACUGAGACGGAGUGAAAUGGAUCUGAAGGCGCUGGGCUGCGUGGUGCUCUUACCUAUUCAGAUAUUCUACUAUAUUGUCAAGACGACCGUGUGCUGGUUCUUACCGAGCAGGCGGAGAGAUCUGACCGGAGACGUGGUGCUUAUCACGGGUGGCGGACGGGGCAUUGGCCGUCACCUGGCUAAGGAGUUCGCCGUGCGUGGAGCUAAAAAGCUAAUCCUGUGGGGCCGGACUGAAAAAUGUCUGAAGGAGGCAUGUGAGGAGAUCGCCCUCAUGGGGACAGAGUGCCAUUAUUUUGUUUGCGAUGUGGCCAACAGAGAAGAGGUUUACAAGCAAGCCAAGGUUGUCAGAGAAAAGGUGGGAGAUGUUACCAUUCUAGUGAAUAAUGCUGCAGUGGUGCAUGGGAAGAGUUUGCUGGACAGUGAUGAUGAUGCUCUUCUGAAGUCACAGCACAUCAACACAAUGGGACAGUUUUGGACCACAAAAGCCUUCUUGCCUCGUAUGCUGGAACUGCAAAACGGUCAUGUUGUGUGUGUCAACUCCAUCCUGUCUCUUUCGCCCAUCCCUGGUGCUAUAGACUACUGCACUUCUAAAGCAUCAUCACUAGCCUUCAUGGAAAGCCUCACUCUGGGGUUGCUGGACUGCCCGGGGGUGGGCUGUACCACUGUCCUCCCGUUCCACACCAACACUGAAAUGUUUCAAGGCAUGAGAGUAAGGUUCCCCCAACUCUUCCCUCCUCUAAAGCCUGAGGUGGUAGCCCAAAAAACAGUGGAUGCCGUUAGGACCAAUACAGCCUUUGUUUACUUACCCUGGACCAUGCAUGCACUCGUUAUCCUCAAAAGUAUACUACCGCAAAGUGCCCUUGAAGAAAUCCACAAGUUCUCAGGAAGCUACACCUGCAUGAAUACUUUCAAGGGACGGACAUGAGAGGUCUAGAAACGACAAUGGAGUUUCAAAUGUAACAAUUUUUUUAAGAAAACUGUUUCAUGUUUGAACAAGAGCUAUGGAGUAUGCCAGAAGCAGCGAGUUAGAAGAAAAAGACGGCAUGCCAGAGCACAUGGUGCCUCAUUUCAAGGACCCUUUGCAGGUCACCACUGACUUCUGUGUUGCAGUGUUGGACAAACACAGAACGGACAUAAAAAAGCCUCAAUCGACCGCUGUACUAUAUGUUUACUUUUAAGUUUUUAACAAUCACAUUUUUAACUACUGUCACUGUAAAUUCAGCAUCUGAAUAAAAAGCCUUCUAUUGGGAUGUUUUAAAAUCCAGGCUCACAAAGUAAAGCUGUGGUUGGACUUGCCCUGGGCAUCAUACGGUUGGAAAGUCUGUGUUGUCCCACGGGGUCCGACAGCGAUAAAUGCCUCUUCAGCACUUCAUACUCACCAACACAACAAGCUUGACCUGCUGCUCCAGCACGUGGGCUGACUCAUUCCCCCUGUCAGAUACCUUCACUGUGCUGCUGAAAAAAAUCUUUUUUGUGUCAUUUUUCUUGGUAUCUUCUCUUUUGAAAAGAUACAACAAAGAUGUGAGCUCGGUUUAUUUUCAAAGCAGGGUCGAGUUACUUUUUUAACUUUGUGUUGAAGGUUUGGCUCAAUUGUAACUGUGCUUUCAAAAGCAUGUACUUUGUUCUGAGAACAAAGUUACAGGGAGACCAGGGAAAAUGCUGUGCUUUCUUGUGAUUUGCUUUAUGGCAAGCUGUGAAUAUUUAACCACAGAUCCAUCCAACCACUGCUGUGGUAUGUAAAAAAAGAGACAAAACAACAACAAAAAAAACAUGUGUACCUUUCUAAGAUUGCUCCUGCAGUAAAAGUAUAGUACAACUCUCUUGAUGUGAUCUGAGGCUAUUUACUAAGGCUGUUGAUUUAAAAACAUAUUUCAAUUAAAAAUUUUUACCCUGUGUAACAUUAAAGCUCUCAAAAGGGCUGUCAAUUUAACAUGUUGAUUUAAAACAACUAAUUAAUAAAAAGUAUCCACAAUUUAAUCAAUGUUAUUUAGCAGAUG